CCGGGCCCCCCGAAGCUGCUGUGCGCGAGCUCCGCCACAGCAGAUGGACCUCUCGCGCUCUCCUCCUGGAUGCACGCGCCCCUGUGAUUGUUUCCGACGACAGGAAAAGCGAACGAGUUAACCCAGGAUUUCACCGUUAAAAGACAGGCCAGCCGUACCGAGGAGGAGAACCGGAGAACCUGCGUUUACGGGGUUAGCUCCCUCUCUCUGGUGAAUCAACAUCACACCGUCUUCACUACGCUCCUCUCAUGCUGACUGACGAUGGAUGAUACAGAGUUUGGGGUUCAGAUCGGAGAGAACAAGUUCAUCAGGAAGGCAACCGUCCUCUCACAUCUGAAGACGUACAACCUCUACUAUGAUGGACAAAAUCUGCAGCUCAGACACAGAGAGGAAGAGGGGGAGCUGAUCGUCGAGGGUUUGCUGAAUAUCUUCUGGGGCCUGCGGCGACCAAUCAGGCUUCAGAUGCAGGAUGACCACGAGCGGAUCCGGCCCCCCCCCUCCUCCACGUCCUGGCACUCGGGUUGCAACCUGGACAGUCAGGGUUCCCCCAACGGCACUGACAGUCAAGAGACGACGCAGCAGAGCCCCCCCACAGUGGAGGUGACAGCCCCCGACAGCCAACCAGAGAACGGCGGGGAGAUGGAGGAAGAGGAGGCAGAAGAGGACAGUGAGAGCUCGGCUCAGCUCCUCAGGACGAAGAGCGACGCCGGCAUCUUGAGACGGGGGCAGCGGCGCUCGCCCAGCGACCAGAGGAAGAUCAGACGCCAUCGCUUCUCCAUCAACGGACACUUCUACAACCAUAAGACAUCGGUGUUCACUCCUUCUUUCGGCUCAGUGACUAAUGUCCGGAUCAACAGCUGCAUGAGGACGCCUCAGGUGCUGCGAGUGCUCCUCAACAAGUUCAAAAUUGAAAACAGCCCCGAUGAUUUUGCGCUCUACCUGGUCCAUACAAGUGGAGAGCGUGCGAAGCUGAAGCGCACGGACCACCCUCUGGUGCUCAGAGUGAUGCAGGGUCCCUGUGAGCAGGUCUGCAAGGUGUUCCUCAUGGAGGCGGACCUCGGAGAAGAAGUCACAUAUGAUGUGGCGCAGUAUAUCAAAUUUGAAAUGCCGGUCCUGCAGAGUUUCAUCACUAAACUGAAGGAGGAGGAGGACAGAGAAGUGCAGAAACUCAGGAGAAGGUAUACGUACCUGCGGUGUAUUAUUGAGAAGCAGCUGGGGUGUCUUCCAGAGGGCUCGACGUGUAUGUGAUCUCCUCUAACUGUCAGAGGACCACACCCCCCACCGUCUGUGACAACAUGACAAGAAGUACGUGUUUCAGUGGUCACCCUACUCCUCCUGAACUCCUGCCCUGCAUGGAGUCCUGUUUUCUCUAAACCCUUCAAUCAAAUCAACCUACAGACAAAGGUUGAACAUGCUUUAUUCAUGUGCAUGUUAAGUGGGACCAUCUCAGCAAUAGUCUUCUUUUAUAUUUGUCCUCACACACAGAAAGACAUUCCUCUACUUCAGUGCUGUAUUUUUCAAAAUGAGACACCCAUCUUCUGUUUACCCUUCAGAUUGCAAGCUGAUACCCACAACGUAAGCACAAACAUCAUGUACUUUGGCUCUAAUAAGGUGCCUGUAAAUGGUAUUCUUAAAGCACAAAUGUACAAACUAAAUGAAACUGAAAUAAAGUCCCUGUAGUGGUUUCAGCACAACGUCAGAACGCACAGUGUCUGUUGGUGUGAAACGACCAGCUGCGUGCCUUUCAUGUUCCUCGCUCUUUGAGAACGUGGUAAUGUUGUGAUUGGAGGAAUUGAACCGACCCUGAGCUGUGAAGUUCACUGCGGGGAUUAUUCAAGGUUGAGUCAACACGUAAUCUGUUUAUGUUGUGACCGUCAGUCUGUUGUUCUGCUGCAGACGUUCAAACUGAAUGUUAAGGACAUUUUAUGAUUGAGGUUAAAGGAGAAGUUUGGCUUUUUGUCAAAUACUUUCUUGAAUAGAGUUGAAUGUUUCUUGUAUAUUUGUAUAAAAACAGCUGGUUAGCUUAGCACACCACAAAGACUGGAAACAGCUUGCUCUGUCUGAGGGUAAUAAAACCAGCACAGCUCAAUAAAUAACACCAGUGGGUAAAUAAUAAAAGUAGAAAAAGAAUUUGUUGAUGCUGAAGCUGGGUAACCAUUCUGUGUUGUUUGAGAACCCACAUUUAAAACAAAGGAGGAUAGUAUUCAUUAUUUAGGGCUGGAAAAAACAAUAAAUCCUCUCGAUCACUGAAGAGAUAUCGUGUGGUGAAAGUAUGAUCUCCUGUCAGCUCUGGGCGUUUCCCAGAUAGAAAUCCUGAAGGCCACUAUUCUGUAACGCUCCUGGAGUAUUCAUACUGCUGUUUCCCCUCUAGAUGCCACUAAAACUCACACACUGCCCCUUUCAAAGAAAAGUGGGGCCCCUGUUUGAUUUCUGGACUGUAGUUCUCACUUGCAAUCCUGCCUUAUGAAAGAUGACGAGAAGAUGUCAUGAGGAGGUUUCAAAAAGCACAGGAAAACACGUUUCAGCAUCGCCUUCACACAAUGACUCCUGGACAGGGUUGGACGGUCUGCACAAAAUAAUAUUCAUGGAGGUCAUUUUCUUUCUUUUUUUUUACAUCCAACACAAUGAAAUCCCACAAGACUGUGAACUAGCCGAUGAUCAUCUUUGUUGGAAGAAUGUUUUUGCCUCCACAUGUACAGCGCUUUGCUUCUGUCUGCCUGGUAUCUCUUAUCAGCAUUGUUGAUAAUCUUGCCGUACAAUGCAUUAAGUGUCAUCAAGAGAGUGUGUGUGUCAGUGUGUGUGCGAUUCUGAGAGCGUGCAUGUUAUAUUUUUAGUGACUGCUUUUGUAUUGUCUUUUUACAAAACAAUGAUCUGUAAAAUGAGAAGAACUCAUGCCACUACUUGGAAAAUGUAGUUUUGUUUCGUACAAUGAUUAUUAUUUAACAAAUAAAGAGGUUUCCUUGAGAAA